GCUACCUCUCCGUAUUCGUGCGGCCAAACAAUCUGCCUGGCGAAUCACCUUGGCGAGCAUGGGUACAGCCAUGUGGUCCGUUCGAUAUGACAGGCGGAUCGUGACAUGGGGUUAGCUUACAAUCGGUCAGACUCAUACAAUCCUUCUGUAGGACCCAAGAUUGGCAUUCACUGGGAACAUGUUACUUAUUAAAAUGCUAGCUUUCGCUGACUAGUCAGCUUACACUCAGCAUCUCAACUCUUUCUUCUCAUCUCAUUGAGACUGUGAGAUCUAGCAUCCGUUUGACACGGUAGUAAUAGCCCAUCAUGGUUAGAGUACCCAUCUUUCGCAGUCUCGUCACUGGCUCCAAGAGCACCAAUGACGAGAAGCCCGAGGUAACCUCCGAAAAGGAACAGGUUCAACCCAUCGGGACCAUCUCAGAUAAAGAUGCGAUUCUUCGUCUAGAGCCUGUACCAAACAGAAAAGGUCUCUUGAUCAAGAUCGAACCACCAAAAGAACCAUCCGUCAAGAUCCCCCAUGUCCCUUGCGAUAUUGUCCUUGUCAUUGAUGUCUCCGGAUCCAUGGUAUCUGCAGCGCCUGUCCCUGGAGAAAGCGAUGAGAGCAAUGGUUUAUCUGUUCUUGACCUCACAAAGCAUGCUGCACUCACCAUCAUCGAGUCGAUGAACGAAAACGAUCGUCUUGGUAUUGUCACCUUCGCUUCGAAGGCUAAGGUUCUUCAACCUCUUAUUCCUAUGAACAAAGAGAACAAAGCUCGAUCGCUGAAGAAUGUCAAGAGCAUGAAACCUCUUGAUGCUACCAACCUAUGGCAAGGCCUGCUUGACGGUAUCAAGCUGUUCAAUACUGGAGAGUCAUCUACCAAUGUCCCUGCCAUCAUGAUCCUCACCGACGGCAUGCCAAACCACAUGAACCCGGCAGCAGGCUUCGUCCCCAAGAUCCGCGCAAUGGGUCCCCUCCCAGCCUCAAUCCACACCUUCGGCUUCGGCUACAGUCUCCGCUCCGGCCUUCUCAAGUCCAUCGCCGAGAUUGGCGGCGGCAACUACGCCUUUAUCCCUGAUGCCGGUAUGAUCGGUACAGUAUUCGUCCACGCUGUCGCAAACCUCCAGAGCACAUUCGCAACUCGCGCUGUUCUCAAGCUCUCAUACACCAGGCCCUUGGAGUUAUACGAGACAACUGGGCCGUCCGUGGACCAGAUCGUCCCUGUGUUUGCCGAUGACUCGGAAGAUAGCCAGGUUGAGCUUACGAUAAACCUGGGGAAUCUGCAGUUUGGACAGUCUCGCGAUGUUUUUCUUAGCACUAAUGGUCUCAAGGAACUUGAGUUCCUGAAUGAAGAGAAUCCAACUCGCGCUCUUGUCGAUGCGCAUUUGACAUACGUCAAGCCUGGGGAUUGUCUCAAGAGUCGCAAGGUCCUUGAGUCAAUGCUGUCAAAAGACGCUGAUUUCAUUCCCGUGGCAAGUAACCAGCGAAGUAUUCUGGAGUACAGCGACCUACCUGCCUCUGAGAUCGCAUACCAUGAGUCGAGGUCUCUAAUCUGUAACUUCAUCUCGACCAUGUUUCCUAUUGGGGUAGAUGGUGAGCACGGCAUCACACGGGGUAUGAAGAAUAAGCGCGAAGACCUUCGAACUUGGAUCGAUACCCUUCCCGCCAAGAACUUUGACGACGUGAAGAACCAAUCUCUCAUGAAAGAUGUAUCAGCCGAUGAACCCCAAGGUCAAGUCUCCAUGGCUAUCGAAAGUAAAGAAUACUUCAACAGAUGGGGAUGUCAUUUCCUCCCAUCUCUCCUCAACGCCCAUACCCGCCAAGUCUGCAACUCUUUCAAAGACCCUGGCCCUCUUCAAUACAGCACUGAAAGCCCUCUAUUCAUCUCCUGCCGCGACGCACUUGACCAAAUCUUCGAUAAUCUCCCCGCCCCCGAACCUUCACGACACGUGCACGCUAGAGGCGGUCGUUCACGAGGUUCAUCCACAGGCAUCAGCAUGAGUUCAUACCGCAACUCCAGCGGCGUCUGCUUCGCAGGCUCCACAGUUGUCGCACUCGCUUCUGGCCGAACGGUGCAGAUCCGAAAACUUCGACGCGGCAUGAAAGUCCGUACACCUCGUGGUUCGCGCCGUGUCGCCAUGGUUCUCAAAACCCCCGUCGAGAGCGAGAUCCUGUGUCGCGUGGGCAAAGUUCUCGUCACACCGUGGCAUCCUGUGUCUUCCGACGGAAAACGCUGGGGCUUUCCCGCCAACGAAGCUGAUGGCGUUGUGAUGUAUACUGGAUGUAUUUACUCUGUUCUUCUGGAGCGCGAUGCUAGUUCUUCUGCGCAUGCUAUUCGCGUUGGAGAUAUGUGGGGUGUAACUCUGGGACACGGAUUGACUACGGGAUCUGAUGUUCGCGCUCAUACGUUCUUUGGGGACUAUAACGCUGUUGGUAAGGGUUUGUUGAGUCUUCCUCGCCGUGCACACGGGAUCGUCAUCGGUGGUGGUGUGGAGAGGGACGAGGAAACUGGUCUGGUCACCAGCUUCAGACAGCCCAACAAGUAAACGAUAAUCAGUAUUCGUAAAACAUCAAUAGAGACAAUCACUUUUCUCACGAUCAAACUG